UCUUCCCGGACCGGGGCACGAACCCGUGUCCCCUGCAUCGGCAGGCGGACUCUCAACCACUGCGCCACCAGGGAAGCCCUCUCUGUUCCUUUUGCAAACAACUUUAAUGAAGGUGUUAAAGCUCUACACCCCAGGACAGUUUAUCCUAAGGGUCACUUUAACUGAAGUCUCUUUGCUGCCUUUGAAAUCUUUGGAGAGAGCCCACCAUCAAGCAUUCUUAGUAUGGGAGUACCGGCUGGUUCUAUCAUGUUGUGGAUAGACCAGUUAAGAGGAGCUCGUGUAUUCAAAAAUUAUGAAGAUAAACUGAUUUUUCAAAGAAUGAAGUGGCUGGUGUGGGUGCUCCUGCUGUGCUCCUCUGUGAUGGCACAACAGCACAGAGAUUCCACUCUGGAUCAUCACUGGGAUCUCUGGAAGAAAACCUAUAGGAAACAAUACAAGGAACAGAAUGAGGAAGUAGCACGGCGUCUCAUCUGGGAAAAGAAUCUAAAAACUGUGAUGCUUCACAAUCUGGAGCAUUCAAUGGGAAUGCAUUCAUAUGAUCUAGGCAUGAACCACCUGGGAGACAUGACCAGUGAAGAAGUGAUAUCUUUGAUGAGUUCCCUGAGAGUUCCCAGCCAAUGGCAGAGAAAUGUCACUUACAAGUCAAACCCUAAUCAGAAAUUGCCUGAUUCUCUGGACUGGAGAGAGAAGGGGUGUGUUACUGAAGUGAAAUACCAGGGCUCUUGUGGUGCUUGUUGGGCUUUCAGUGCUGUGGGAGCCCUGGAAGCCCAAGUGAAGCUGAAAACAGGAAAGCUGGUGUCUCUGAGUGCACAGAACCUGGUGGAUUGCUCAACUGAAAAAUAUGGGAACAAAGGCUGCAAUGGUGGCUUCAUGACAGAGGCUUUCCAAUAUAUCAUUGAUAACAACGGCAUCGAUUCAGAAGCUUCCUAUCCCUACAAAGCCAUGGAUGAAAAGUGCCAGUAUGAUGCAAAAAAUCGAGCUGCCACGUGUUCAAGGUAUAUUGAACUUCCCUUCGGCAGUGAAGAUGCCUUAAAAGAAGCUGUGGCCAACAAAGGACCUGUGUCUGUUGCUAUAGAUGCACGCCAUUCUUUCUUCUUCUACAGAAGUGGUGUCUACUAUGACCCCUUGUGUACUCAGACUGUGAAUCAUGGUGUACUGGUGAUUGGCUAUGGUAACCUUAAUGGGAGAGACUACUGGCUUGUGAAAAACAGCUGGGGCCUCAACUUUGGUGACAAAGGAUAUAUACGGAUGGCAAGAAAUAGUGGAAAUCACUGUGGGAUUGCUAGUUAUCCCUCUUAUCCAGAAAUCUAGAGGACCUCUUUGUUGUAUAACAAUUCAAGAAAGAAGAAACACUUUCUCACAAUUUAAUUUUACCUGCUGUAACCAGUAGAAAUGUGUGUCAUGAUCAAUGUAUAUUUACUGUACUAACAGAAAAUAUAGUUUGAUUCAUCUACUUUUUUUUUUUUUUUUUUUUUGCGGUACACGCGCCUCUCACUGUUGUGGCCUCUCCCGUUGCGGAGCACAGGCUCCAGACGUGCAGGCUCAGCGGCCAUGGCUCGCGGGCCUAGCCACUCUGCGGCAUGUGGGAUCCUCCCGGACCAGGGCACGAACCCAUAUCCCUUGCAUCGGCAGGCGGACUCUCAACCACUGCGCCACCAGGGAAGCCCCAUCUACUUUUUUAACUUUGUAGAUCUUGGGGAAAAAUUUGCUAAGUAAAUUAAAAAUGUACUAUAGAUAUAACUAUGAAAAUUGGUCAACCUGAGAUAAUCUGUCAUGUUUGUCAUUGUCUUAUUUUAUUUGUCCUUUUAAGUCCCCUGAUAUCCUACUGAACCUCGAUGGCAUAUAGAUGCUUAAUAAAUAACUGCCUUUUCAACUUUGUAUCAUUACCAUGAGGCAGGAGACAGAUGGGCCCCCAGGGCAAAUGGUUUGAGUUCUUUCCUUUUGGACUGAUACUCCGACAUGGGAAUAACAGGACAAUUGAGAGAGGAGGCUGGGCCCUGCCCAGAUAGAAGAUAAGAGACCACAUAUUUCUCAUUCCUGAAGUCAGGAGACCUCCUGGACGACAAAUGCGCAGAAAGCCUCCUUGGAGGUCAAAAGGAGAGUGAUGCCAAGUGGCUAAAUCUACCCAUAGGCCUCUUCAGUAGAAUCCAUCUUGGCUAAGAGAUGUGCAUGCACACAUGAGAAAAUCCUGAGCUAUACCAAAUUCAGACUUUGAACCAGGCAAAUCAAAAUGAUUGGCCAAAGAAAACCUGGAAAAAAUGCCCCAUAUAAGUGAUUUAAACUGCCACCAGGGCACGACUCUUUCUGAGCCCACUCGUGUGUCUCUCCACACGUACUGCACUUCUUUCUGCAAAUAAAUACUUGUUUCACUACUUUACAUUUUUGUGGGAAUUCUUGUUCUGCAAAGCCACAGGGCCCGGGCCUUUCACUGACCACUGAUCUAAUGCCUAGGAUUCAGUGCUCUCACCGCCGCAACACGACCUCAAUCACUGGCCGGGAACCAAAACCCUGCUUCAAGCCGCUGCAGGCCGAGGCCACCCAAAAUCAACCACAUACCAUUCUUUUCUUUUUCUUAGGUAACUAUUAUAAUCUAUCAUGAGAAUAUAAAUUGUAGUAUGCUGGUGAUAUGCUAUGACAACUUUUUUUUUAAUAGAUCUUUAAUGGAGUAUAAUUGCUUCACAGUACUGUGUUAGUUUCUGUUGUACACCAAAAUGAAUCAGCCAUAUGCAUACAUAUGUCCCCAUAUUCCCACUCUCUUGAACCUCCCUUCCACCCUCCCUAUCCCACCCCUCUAGGACAUCGCAAAGCACUGAGCUGAUCUCCCUGUGCUAUGCUGCUUCUUCCCACUAGCUAACUAUUUUAUAUUUGGUAGUGCAUAUAUGUCGAUGCUACUCUCACUUCACCCCAGCUUCCCCCUCCCACCCCGUGUCCUCAAGUCCAUUAUCUAUGUCUACAUCUUUAUUCCUGCCCUACAACUAGGUUCAUAAGUACCAUUCUUAAAAAUAUUCCAUAUAUAUGCAUUAGCAUAUGGUAUUUGUUUUUCUCUUUCUGACUUACUUCACUCUGUAUGACAGACUCUAGGUCCAUCCACCUCACUACAAAUAACUCAAUUUCAUUUCUUUUUAUGGCUGAGUAAUAUUCCAUUGUAUAUAUGUGCCACAUCUUCUUUAUCCAUUCAUCUGUUGAUGGACACUUAGUUUGGUUCCAUGUCCUGGCUAUUGUAAAUAGUGCUGCAAUGAACAUUGGGGUGCAUGUGUCUUUUUGAAUUAUGGUUUUCUCUGGGUAUAUGCCCAGUAGUGGGAUUGCUGGGUCAUAUGGUAGUUC